AUGGGUGGCGAUCUAAACUUGAAGAAAUCAUGGCACCCGUCGUUACUUCGCAACCAGGAGCGCGUAUGGCAGCAGGAGAAGCGCGCUCUCGAGGAGCGUAAAAAGGUCGAGCAGCUUCGGCGUGAGCGAGAAGAGGAACGUCAGAUCCAGGAACUCCAGCGUCUACAGGAAGCUUCAGGCAAAUCUGCGCCGCAAUCUCGAGUCGAUUGGAUGUACCAAGCGCCCUCGAGUUCCACGGGCCACUACUCCGAGGAAAUGGAAGGCUAUCUGCUGGGCAAGCGAAGAAUUGACGGGAUACUCUUGAAGAACGAUACGGACAACCAGAAGCUCGAGAAGGGUGCAGACGUGGUCGGGGCUAACGCGGCGGCUGGUCCGUCGGUUGGCUCUGCGCGAGACACAAUGACAAAGGUCCUCAACGAUCCACUUCUUGAAGUCAAGAAGAGAGAACAGGCGGCAUACGAGGCUGCUGUCAUGGAGGCUGCCAGACGAAAGGAGAGAGAGGCCCGUCGCAAGGGCGGAAGUGGACGGGACAGGGAUCGGGAUCAUCGCCACGGGGAUCACGAUUCGAGGCAUCGACGAUACAGCGAUGAUAAAGGCGAUAUUCGUCGACACAGACACCAUCGCAGCGACCGCCGAAAUCGCUCAAGAUCACCUAGAUCGCCUGAGCGAUCGCACCGCAGACAUCGAAGUGAGCGUGACCGCGACCACGACCGCGACCGACGCAGGGACGACAGGCGACGUGAUGAUGACAGAGAUCGUCGCGACGGCCGAUCUCGAGAGGACCGUGACCGUGACGAGUAUUCCCCCCGCAGAGAGAGAAGGGACUCCUAUUCAACACGUGCGGGAGAUCGUGACUCAGGGUCGAAGCGUGACUACGAUCGGGCGCCCGAGAGGUCCCGAGUUGAUUCGCCUCCGCGUCGACGGUCACCUUCUCCGCCUCGAAAUUCCAGACGCGAAGACCAUGGGAACGACGACCGUCGAGAGCCUGUCCGUCAAGGUUACAACAGCCGUCCCGACUUCUCCAGGCGUGGUCGUGGCCCCUUAUCAGGUCAGAAUGGAUCUAGCGGGCCCGAUCCCAGGACACAAGAAGCAGAGCGCCUUCGUAAGCUCGCCGAGAUGCAGUCGAAUGCGAAUGACCUGGAAAGUGAACGACGCCAACGCCUCGCGGAUAUCUCUGCAAAAGAAGAACAAGAACGAGAGGCAGAUGAUAAGCAGCGCUCGGAUCGUGGUCGAUUCAUCUCCAAAGUCCACCAGCGGGCCCAAGAAGACAGCCUUGAUGAGCGUAUUCGACGCAGUCGUGGUGGACUUGCCAGGAUGGAUGAGGAUUAA